AUGUCAUUUUCAGAUGCAGCUCGCUCUCAUUCAUUCAAUUCUUGUCGAUCUGAGUUUUUGUGCAAUAUUCAAUCUGACGAAACGUCGUUACCUACAUCAACAUCUCUUUUCUUGCCCAAUUCGAAGUCCACGACAAAUACUCUUUCGUCGUUGAAAACAUCUGAAAAUCAACAUAAUUCACAAUCGAAUGCCAAAAUAAAGGAUACGUCCAAUGUCAUGCUUGAUAUCAGUCGUCGAUUACUUAAACGGAAAGCACUUUUUGGUCAUCUUUCAAUUAUCAGUAAUAUUAUGUGUUUUCUUGGUUUAUUAGGCAUAGUUCUUAUGAUUAUGGAAAAUGAGAUUCGAUUUUUAAAUAAAUAUGAAAAUAGUAUCUAUCUUUGUUGGUUUAUCAAAUUAAUAAUUACCAUAACAACGAUAAUUCUUGUUCUCUUGGUCUUCUAUUAUCAUAAAGUAGAUUUAGAUUUAUAUGGUGUAAGUAAUGCUAUUGAUAAUUGGAGAAUCGGACUCACAGCAAGAAAAAUCAUUCUGAUAAUCGUCGAAGUAUUGAUUUGUAUAAUACAUCCUAUUCCAAUUGAGCUCUUCUCUGUAUCAAGCAUGUCACCAAUUUAUACUAAUGUUACUAUUAAUGCUACUAUCAGUGAUUUGGUUCCAUUAGACAAUACUCAGUUGAAUGUUCUACUCGGUUUACCAAUGUUUGCACGCUUGUACCUAGUUUGUCGUUUUAUUAUGUUUCAUUCCCAUUUGGUGCGUGAUGCAUUUUCACAGUCAUUGGGUUCCCUUAAUCAAGUAUCUCUUAAUUUUCUCUUUCUUUUGAAAACAUAUUUACAUCUAUGGCCGACACGUUGUGUAUUAUUUUUCUGUGCAUUACUUUUCAUUAUCGGGAGUUGGUCAUUACGAGUCUGCAGUUAUCGAUCAUCGAUAGAAUUUAUGUCAAUGCUUGAUUGCAUGUGGUUAUUUAUUGUUACAUUUACUACUGUUGGAUACGGAGAUUUAACACCAGCAAAUUAUUGUGGAAGAGGUGUUGCCGCGAUUACAGCGCUCAUUGGUGUGUUAUCAACAGCACUUUUAAUUUCAGUUCUUUCUCAAAAAUUAGAAUUUAGCCGAUCAGAAAAUUAUGUCCAUAAUUUCGUUGUCAAUUUAGAAUUAACUAAAGCACGAAAAAAUCAAGCAGCAGAUGUGAUUAAAUUUUUCUUCAAAACUUGGGUUUUAAAGCGUCGACAUCGAAUGCACACAUCGACAUAUUUAACAGCACAACGAAAAUUAUAUCGAGCACUUCAUUUCAGCAAGCAAUUGAAAGUGGAACAAAAACGCUUGGUUGAUGUCUGCGUUGGCCUACCUGAAUUGAUAACGAUGCAACGGCAAUUGAGUGCAAAAUUUCAAGAGUAUGGUGCUACACUAGCGACAACGACUAUGAAAGUGGAAAAGAUCGAAAACAGACUUGUUAAUAUCGAACAAAAACUGACGAAUAUACAAGAAACGCUCCAGUCGUUGCUGGAAAAACUAUGA